AUGGUCAAUUUUUCGCUUGUAAAUGGCCCAAGGAUCAUUAACUCCAAAUCCACAAGGCGACUUCCCUGUUCUUACUAUAUCCAAAUGAAAAGAAUACCAAGCAAGUUCAUCAUCAUGUUCAGCUCUAAGUUCAAUUUCUUUUGGCUUGUUCGAGUUUUAUAUCUCUUUUGGUGUGCAGGAUGUUCCAAUAUAAACAUCAGUUGCGCAGUGACAGAUAAGGAAGCUCUUCUCAAAUUAAAAGAUGGUUUCGUUGAUGGGGGCGGCAGGUUGUCCACCUGGAAAAGUGAAGCUGAUUGCUGUGAGUGGAAUGGAGUAGUAUGCAGUAAUUUGACUGGUCAUGUUAUCAAGCUCGAUCUUGUCCAUUAUGGUGAUUCCGAGGAAUUGAGAGGUAAUAUCGAUUCCUCAUUAUGUGAUUUGCAGCAUCUAACUUACUUGUAUCUCGAUGGAAACAAUUUCGAAGGGAGCAAAAUUCCAGAAUGCAUUGGCUCACUUGGUCAACUAAGAGAGUUAACUAUUUCGGGUGCUUCAAUUGGUGGCACUAUUCCCCGUGGACUGCAAAAUCUAUCCAAUUUGCAAACUCUCGACCUUAGUGACAAUCCUUUUAAAAGCGGACCAUUUCCCGAUUUUUCAAGAUUUUCAAAUCUGGUGACUUUAAGUCUUAAGAACACUAGUCUUCAUGGGUCAAUUCCACAAUCAUUUGGGCACUUAGCUCACCUUUCCAAAUUGUAUUUGAGUUAUAACAAUUUAACAGGGUCAUUGCCGACGUUUGCUGGACUUGCAUCGUUGGAGUACUUAGAUCUGUCCAACAAUAGGUUGAAUUCUGUCAUUAAUGAAACACAUCUUUCAACUCUCUCUAACUUGACAGUUUUAGGUGUGUCGCAAAAUACGAUUUUUUUCAACUUCAGUUCGCAUUGGGUGCCACCUUUUCAAUUGCAGGACUUUAUAGCAGCAUCGUGUAACUUUGGUGGCCACUUUCCCAGCUGGUUGAAGUAUCAAAGGGAGCUUCACGCGUUGGAGAUUUCUGAUGCGUCAAUUUCUGAUUCAAUUCCUCAAUGGCUUUGGCUAUCUUCUUUCAACUACUUGAAUCUUUCCCAUAACAAACUUUAUGGGGAAUUACCAAAAUCAAUCUUGAAAUUUUAUCAUUAUGUUUUGGAUUUGAGCUUCAACAAUCUGUCCAGUCCCAUACCAGAUUUACCAACAAGUGCAAUGGCGUUGGUCCUCUCAAACAGUAUGUUUUUAGGAACCUUAUCUUUCAUCUGUGCAACUGCUCAAGGAAGUGUAUAUCAGCUUGAUAUUUCAUGCAACUUUUUGUCGGGAAAACUUCCUGACUGUGGGGACAACUUCCUUACUUGGCCGUUCUGA